UACAAACAUGGUAACAACAACAGCCUACCUAUACACAGUGUUGCGCACGCACAGUACGUGGUCCUUACGACAGAAAAAUGUACUAAAACUGAUGUCUCAGCAAUCACCCUGAGAAACACUGGCUGUUUACAUAUAAUGUAUACGCUUCUGAUCUAGAACCUGAAAAAUCAUUUGGAAUUAACGGUGAAGAACAAGAUAUUCAGAUAUGGCUAGACAAUCUGAAGGAAACCCUGAAAGUUCCUACUGGGAAGGCGACGAACAGGCUUUACGAAUUGUAUUGUUAGGAAAAACCGGAUCUGGGAAAAGCUCUACAGGUAAUACCAUUCUAGGUAAGGACGUUUUCAAGUCUUGCUUUGCAGCUUCAUCCUUGACGGAGAAAUGUCAAGAAGCUAGACACAUCAGGUGUGGACAGCAGAUCCUGUUAAUCGAUACUCCGGGAGUGUUUGAUACAAAUGUACCUACCGAGAAAACCCUUCAAGAACUUUCCAAGUGCAUCAGUCUAUCCAUGCCUGGACCUCACGUAUUUCUUCUGGUCCUUCAGGCAGGGAGAUUUACUGCUGAGGAGCACGACACUGUCAAACAUAUUGCUGAAGUUUUUGGAGAAGAUGUGUUCAAACAUAUGAUCUUGGUAUUCACCGGAAGAGACUUGCUUGAAGCAAAAGACAUGUCCUUUGAGGAGUUUUUGAAGAAGAUACCAUCUUCGCUGGAGGAAAUAAUAGGAAAAUGCAACAAACGUUGUAUUGCUAUCAACAAUAGUUCGAAAAAUGACAUCGAUGCCAGGAAACUGAUGGAAAAGAUCAAUGAACUUGUACAGAGCCAUCAGGGACGCAACUACACCAAUGAGAUGUUUCAGGAAGCUGAGAGGAAAUGUCGGGAAAUUGAAGAGAAAGUGAGAGGUGAGAUAAACAAAGAAAAGCAGAAAGAAAUAGACGAAUUGAAACAACAGCUUGUUGAAAAAUACAAAAAACAAGUUUACCGCUUGAAAGCUAAACAGAAUGCGAACGAGCAAAAGCUACGUGAACUUGAGAAGGAAGCACGGGAUAACAUUGGAAAACAAGAGGAAGCGAGUCAGCAACUCAGAGAAGAGAUCGAAAUUAUCAAACACCAGCUUGAUGAAUGCUUACAAGACCGUGACGAUAACCUGACAAAAUUCCUCAAGUCCUUAGAUAAUAAAUAUGUAAACAAGGUGAUUGCAAUAACACAAAAUCCAAAAGCGAAAGUUGUGUUUACAAUGAUCAAAGGAGCAGCAACAGUCGGAUGGGCUAUUUUUCAGCUUAAACCGCUCAACAGCGAAGGCAUGCAAGAUCCUGAUGGAGCACGUCCAGGAAAGAGAGAUGGUCUAAAGCUCGGCUGUUCUGAGAUGUCCUACAGUGAAGGUGACAGACAGACUAAGCGGAUUGUAUUGAUUGGAAGAAGCGGAUCUGGGAAAAGCUCCACAGGUAAUACCAUUCUAGGAAAGGACGAUUUCAAAUCUUGCUAUGGAGCUUCAUCCGUGACGGAGAAAUGUCAGGAAGCUAGAACUUUCCGGUUUGGACAGCAGAUCCUGGUAAUCGAUACUCCGGGAGUGUUUGAUACAAAGGUACCAAACAAGCAAAGCCUGGAAGAAAUAUCCAAGUGCAUCAGUCUGUCCUUGCCUGGACCUCACGUAUUCCUUCUGACCAUUUAUGCAGGGAGGUUUACUCAAGCGGAAAACGCCACUGUCAAACAUUUUGCUGAAGUUUUUGGAGAAGAUAUGUUCAAACAUACGAUCUUGGUCUUCACCGGAAGAGACUUGCUGGAAGAACAAGACACGUCCUUUGAGGAGUAUUUAAAGACGAUACCACCUUCACUAGAGGAAAUACUAGGGAAAUGCAAGAAACGUUGUAUUGUAAUCAAUAAUUGUCUGAAAAACGAUUCCAGUGACAACGAUGCUAGGAAUAUGAUGGAAAUGAUCAAUAAACUUGUAGAAAGCCAUCAAGACUUCUGCUACACCAAUGAGAUGUUUAAGGCAGUAGAUAUGAAACUUCAGGAAAGCAAAAUACGGCGUCAGAAAGACGAGGAAAAACAGAAGGAUAUAGAUGAAUUGAAAAAAGAGUUGCAGCACUGUAGAGAAGAGCUUGAAAAUUCCAAACACCACACCAAUGACAUGUUUAAGGCAGUAGAAAGGAAACUUCAGGAAAGCGAAAUACGGCGUCAGAAAGACGAGGAAAAACAGAAGGAAAUAGAUAAAUUGAAAAAAGAGUUGCAGCACUGCAGAGAAGAGCUUGACAAUUUCAAACACCAGCAUCAGCCCGCCAGCUUCUUUACAAGUGAUAUUGAUGAAUUCCUAUUUUUCUUUGUUGUUUUCGUUAUUCGGGAUUUUGUAUUUAAUCCGUGAUUUCCCCUCGUGUCAUGCAUAUUGCAAAAUAAACAGUUGUCUACAAUAACGUCACUCUUGCGAGGGAAGCUAUACAGCCAUGUAAUGUACAUUGUAUCACCAAUGCUAAUAUUUCCGUAAUGUCCUUAACUUGUAAGAUAUACUUGUUAGAUACUGCAAAGCCCCCAACGACCCAAACCCCUAACCCUCAACCCUUCCUCCUAUAUACCAUAUACUUUCAUAGGUUGUAUCUAUAACUACAUUUUUUACGUUGGUCUUUAAAACUUUUUAUUGUGAUUUUAAGAUUUUUCAUUGUGAUUUUAAGAUUUUUCAUUGUGAUUUUAAGAUUUUUCAUUGUGACUUCAAUGAUUUUCAUUUACACUGCCAGAAUUUGCAUACUUGUGAAUGUGAAUAAACUUUC